AUGGAGAGCCGAAAGGACAUGGUUAUGUUUCUGGAUGGGGGUCAGCUUGGCACUCUGGUUGGCAAGAGGGUCUCCAAUUUGUCCGAAGCCGUGGGCAGCCCGCUGCCCGAGCCGCCCGAGAAGAUGGUGCCCCGUGGUUGCCUGAGCCCGCGGGCCGGUCCUCCGGCCGCCCGGGAGCGCGGCGGGGGAGGCCUGGAAGAGGAGCCGGUCGACGGACUAGCAGGCAGCGCUGCGCGGCCGGGCGCCGAGUCGCGGGCCGCCGGGGCCGCAGUGCUCGGCCCCGGACCUCCGGCUGCCUCCGCCGACAGCCUCCCAGGCCAGGGGCAACCCAGCAGCUCGGACACCGAAUCGGAUUUCUAUGAAGAAAUCGAGGUGAGCUGCACCCCGGACUGCGCCACGGGGAACGCCGAGUACCAGCACAGCAAAGGGCCUGGCUCCGAGGCACUGGCCAGCAGUCCCAAUGGCAGCGGCGAGGCUCCCAAAAGCAAUGGCAGCGGUGGCUCCCAGGGCACCUUGGCCUGCAGUGCUAGUGACCAGAUGCGACGGUACCGUACUGCCUUCACCCGGGAGCAGAUUGCACGGCUGGAGAAGGAAUUCUACAGGGAGAACUAUGUAUCCAGGCCUCGGAGAUGUGAGCUGGCGGCUGCUCUAAACCUGCCGGAAACCACAAUCAAGGUGUGGUUCCAGAACCGGCGCAUGAAGGACAAGCGGCAGCGGCUGGCCAUGACUUGGCCGCACCCGGCCGACCCAGCCUUCUACACAUACAUGAUGAGCCACGCGGCGGCCGCGGGCGGCCUGCCCUACCCCUUCCCAUCGCACCUGCCCCUGCCCUACUACUCGCCCGUGGGCUUGGGCGCUGCGUCCGCCGCGUCCGCCGCCGCCUCGCCCUUCAGCGGGCCGCUGCGCCCGCUCGACACCUUCCGCGUGCUUUCGCAGCCCUACCCGCGGCCCGAACUGCUGUGCGCCUUCCGCCACCCGCCGCUCUACCCGGGCCCGGCGCACGGACUGGGCACCGCGGCCGGCGGUCCCUGUUCCUGCCUCGCCUGCCACGGCGGCCCGGCCAACGGGCUGGCGCCCCGCGCCGCCGCCGCUGCCUCGGACUUCACCUGUGCCUCCACUUCCCGCUCGGACUCCUUCCUCACCUUCGCGCCCUCCGUGCUCAGCAAGGCCUCCUCUGUGGCGCUGGACCAGAGGGAGGAGGUGCCCCUCACGAGAUAA